AUUUCAGAAAAAUUAGACAAGGAAAAAAAUGAAGAUAGGGAAGCAGAAAUAAUCCAUAAAUUAAGUGAUGAAUCAAAUAAAUUAGAUGUUGAAAUAAAUAAAUUAUUAUGUGAUGGGUGCCAAAAGAAGAGUAUAUUUGAUCCAUUAUACAAAUUACUCAAUGAAUCAAAUAAAUCAAUUAUUUCAAACAAAUUACUUGACACAUUAAAAAUAAUAGAAGAUUGUACCAGUUGUACAAAAAGAUAUAAUCAUUAUUAUUUAUUUUAUGAAUCAUUAAAUGAACUAAAAAAGAUUUCAGAAGAAUUAGACAAGGAAGAAAAUGAGAAUAGGAAAGCAGAAAUAUUCCAUAAAUUAAGUGAUGAAUUAAAUAAAUUAGAUGUUGAAAUAAAUAAAAAAGUAUUAUGUUAUGGGUGUCGAAAGAAAAAUAUAUUUGAUCCAUUAUAUGAGUUACUCACCAAACUAAAUGAAUCAAAUGAAUCAAUUAUUUCAAACAAAUUGCUUUACACAUUAAAAAUAAUAGAAGAUUGUACCAGUUGUACAAAAAAAUAUAAUUAUUAUUUUUUAUUUUAUGAAUCAUUAAAUGAAUUAAAAAAAAUUUCAGAAGAAUUAGACAAAAAAGAAAAUGAAGAUAGGAAAGCAGAAAUAAUCCAUAAAUUAAGCAAUGAAUUAAAUAAAUUAGAUGUUAAAAUAAAUAGAUUAAGAUUAUGUUAUGG